AUUCCUCUUGGGGUUUUUGUUUUUCCCCAAAUACUUUCCGAACUUUCCAUCCUUCUCUUCUUUUAUUCUCCUCUACUUUCCUAGAUCCAAACACCACCCUAAGACCUCAAUUUCUCAGAACCCUUCCCCUAUGGGGGUCUCCUUCAAGGUCUCAAGGACCGGCACGAGGUUCCGGCCGAAGCCUCUGUUUCAGCCUGACGUCAACGUAGUAGACGACGUGUCGGAGAACUCCAAGGAGAGCUCAAGGAAGCUCCAGGGUGGUCCUGUUGAAGGAGGUGAAGAUGUUACAGGGGGGCCUGCAUCAUCCAUGUCUUCUGAAGGACUUCUUCUAUCUGCAGAGAAUGAAGUUUCCUUCACUUUGAACCUCUUCACAGAUGGAUAUUCCAUUGGAAAACCCACAGAGAAUGAGACUGCAAAUCAGGCACUUCAAGAUGUUCCAAAAUUGUUACAUCCAUAUGAUAGGACGUCUGAAACUCUCUUCUCGGCAAUUGAAUCUGGCCGGUUUCCUGGCGAUAUUCUAGAUGAUAUACCCUGCAAGUUUGUUAAUGGGACACUUGUAUGUGAGGUGCGGGAUUAUCGGAAAGCUUUUGACCAAGGGGCUGGUGAUCCGUCAACUAAUGUUUCCCCUGUUGUUAGUAAAGUAUGCCUUAAAAUGUCACUGGAGAAUGUGGUGAAGGAUAUUCCGUUGACAUCAGAUAAUUCUUGGACUUACGGUGAUCUGAUGGAAGUAGAGUCCCGUAUAUUGAAAGCCUUGCAACCACGGCUUCAUCUAGAUCCUACGCCUAAGUUAGAUAGGCUUUGUAAUAACCCAGUUUCCACAAAGCUUGAUUUGGCUCUUUCCAGUCUCAGGAGAAAGAGAUUCAGGCAGAUGCCUGAAGUUACUGUUACUUCUAGUAUUAAGACACACGGGAAGAAAGUUUGCAUAGAUAGAGUACCAGAAAGCUCUAACUGUAGGUUAGGAGAUUCAGGAAUCAUUUCAGGCAAUGGGAUGCCACAACAUGUACAUGAGAAUCUUACCGCACAAACUCUUAGCUCAACAAACAUGUUAGCCUUAAGACCCAAGAGCUUUGUACCAGAUGCCUCUGUUCCAGCACUACCUCUAGUUUCCCAUCAAGCAAGGUAUCAAAUAGGGGUUGGGACCCCCAGAAGUAUGCAGGAUCCUGGUUCGGGGCCUGUUACCACAUCAGGGGCUUCCCCUGCUGGGCAGGACAUCAUGAUCUCAUAUGCUGACAAUGUGAAUUCAAGUGCCUCUGUUCUUGGAAAGAGGGAGAAUCAAGAUGGGCAAAUGUCACCCUUGUCCAACUUUAACAAGAGAGCAAGGCCUGCACCAGUGGGUCUUGAUGGAAUGCAACAGCAGCAAAUAGGGCUAGAAGGCCUCCAUGGUUCAGAGAUAAAUUGGAAAAAUACACUGUUACAGCAGCAAGCAAUGGCAAGGGGAAUUCCGUUUGCAAAUACUGGGAUUCAAAAGUUCUCCCCGCAGGUGUUUGAAGGGGCUCUGAGUCAGGAUGCUGGGGCAUUGCCUUUUGCUGCAGGACAGCAGCGUACACGUUAUGGUGCUAAGGAAGAGCAGUUCGAGAUGGACAAAUUAGAUGGGCCAGAGCUCAACCGCAUAAAAAAUGAUAUGCAGAUGGUGGAAACAGAAACAAGCCAUCUGGACCCACAGCAAUCUCGGCAGCAAAGAUUACCACAGCAUGCAUUCAUGAGAUCGAAUUUCUCUCAGACACCCUGGAAUAAUCUUGGUCAGCAUAUGGAGAAAGAUGCAAGAAAGGAGGACCAGCUCCAGAAGAGGAAAUCAGUGCAAAGUCCCCGGUUUUCUACUGGGGCUUUGGCUCAAUCUCCAUUAUCAUCAAAAUCAGGGGAAUUUUCUAGUGGUUCAGUUGGACCCCACUUUGGAGCAGUUGCAACUGCACAUGGAGCAUCACAAAAGGAGAAGGCAGCAAACCCCUCAGUUCCUUCUGUUGGUGGGACCCCAUCUUUGACUUCCAGUGCUAAUGAUUCCAUUCAACGGCAACACCAGGCCCAAGUUGCUGCAAAGAGGAGAUCAAAUUCCCUCCCCAAGACCCCAGUAAUGAAUGGAGUUGGAUCCCCAGCUAGUGUUAGUAAUGUGAGUGUUCCAUUAAAUGCAAACAGCCCUUCAGUUGGAACGCCACCUUUGGCCGAUCAAACCUUGUUCGAAAGACUCUCAAAGAUAGUAAUGGUGACAAUGAGGCAUCAACUAAACUGCAAAAAGAAUAAGGUCGAUAAUUACCCCAUCAGGAAGCCAAACCCAUAUUCCACUCAUCCUCUGUCCACCUAUCUUUCUAAUGCUUCCAAUGAUGAGGAUCCCAAAGAUGAUGCGAGUACAAAGUCAUUAUCUAAGUCACUUGCUGGUGGCAGCAUGAAUAUCUGCAAAAUUAGAGUCUUAAAAUUUAUGCAGCCUCAAGAAAAUGGUGUUUCUUGUAGGGCAAGAACUAAGAUGACUAUGUCAGAGAAGCCAUAUGAUGGUACAGUCGCAAUGCAUUAUGGAGAAAUAGAAGAUGGUGAAUUUCUGGCUGUUCAGGAUUAUCUUCCUACAUUGCCCAAUACGCACUACGCAGAUUUGCUUGCAGCACAGCUUUGUUCGCUUAUGAACCGCCAUGAAGGAUAUGUUUUGUUGGAUGACCAAGUCCAAGGAAGACCAACUCGCAUGAAUCUUGGCUCAGCCAGUCAAUCAGAUGCUGCUGGAGUUCCUCAUAAUUCAGUAGCUGAGCAGCAAUAUGCAGAAGCAGUUUCUGGCCAACAACCAACUGAAGAUGUAAAGCCGAAUAUCAGCAGUAAUGCAUCUCUAAACUCAUCGCAGAAUCUUUUAUCGAAUGCAAGGAUGCUGCCUCCUGGGAACCCCCAGGCCUUACAGAUGUCUCAAGGACUGUUUUCCGGGGUUUCAAUGCCCCAGAGGUCACAACAGCUGGACCCACAACCAUCGCUUCAUCAUCAGCAGCAGCAACCACAACAACAACAACUACAACAGCAGCAGCAGCAGCAGCAACAACAACAACAAAACCAACAUUCCUUGAUUCAACAGCAGCAUCCCCAGUACCAGAGGUCACCUUUGAUGCUUGCAACAAAUCCACUUUCGCACUUGACAGCACUCGGACAGAAUUCCAAUAUGCAGUUGGGCAAUCACAUGGUUAACAAGCAACUUCAGCUGUUACAGCAGCAACAGCAGCAACAACAGCAGCCACCAAUGCAGAGGAAAAUGAUGAUGGGAAUUGGAACAGCUGUGGGUAUGGGAAACAUGAGCAAUAACAUGGUUGGUCUUGGAGCCCUUGGCAGUGCCAUGGGCAUGGGAGCUGCAAGGGGAGUAGGGGGAACUGGAAUGUCAGCACCAAUGGCACCUAUUUCUGGUAUAUGCAAUGUGGGACAGAACACAGUGAAUCUUAGCCAGGCUUCAAAUAUUACCAAUGCAAUAAGCCAGCAACUUCGAUCUGGAUUGAGUCAACAACAAGCUGCUAUCGUGGCAUCAAAAUUUCGACUGGCACAAAAUAGAGUGAACAGUUUAGGGGGCUCUCAGUCAAGCAUAGCUGGGAUUUCAGGAGCCAGACAGAUACAUCCAGGCUCUGCUGGUCUUUCAAUGCUUGGUCAGAGUCUAAACAGGGCUAACAUGAGCGCAAUGCAACGGGCUGGAAUGGGGCCUAUGGGUCCACCGAAAUUGAUGCCAGGGAUAAAUCUUUACAUGAACCCACAACAACAGCAGCAACAACAACAACAACAAUUACAGCAACAACAUCAGUUGCAGCAGCAGCAGCAGCAGCAGCACCAACACCAAUUGCAACAGCAGCAGCAACCGCAAUAUCAACAGCAAUUGCAGCAACAGCAGCUACAGCAGCAGCAAGAUACCAAUUCACCACUACAUGCUGUUGUAUCACCUUCACAAGUGGGCUCACCAUCGACCAUGGGAAUUCCACAAUUGAACCAACAAGCUCAGCAACAGCAAACUAGCCCUCAGCAAAUGAACCAACGAACACCGAUGAGCCCACAACAAUUGAGCUCUGGGGCAAUCCAUGCAAUUAGUGCUGGUAAUCCAGAUGCUUGUCCAGCUAGCCCACAAUUGAGCUCUCAGACGCUUGGUUCAGUUGGUAGUAUCACAAACUCUCCUAUGGACCUACAAGGUGUGAAUAAAAGCAACUCGAUCAAUAAUGCAUAAUGAAGCUCAGGAGGCUCAGGGUUUGCUUCUCGAGCCAAGGUGCAGCUUUGCUGGUUCGAAUAAAUAAAUCAGAUUUCAUAUACUACAUGCUCUAGGAUUAAGUGAUAGCUUGUAGGCAGUGCAAUCUAGCUUGCUCAGAGAGAGAGAGAGAGAGAGAGAGAAAGUGUAUAAACUAGCUUGUUGGUAGUGCAGUGCAAGGGGCUUUCGAUUUAUGUGAACGUUAAAUUAUUUGACGUUUGUAAUAUUUUUUGUACAUGACUGUUAUAUUGAAGAGAAGGUUAGAAUGUAAA